CUUUAACCUCUUCCUCACCAUCAACUCCCGCCCAAGUUAUGGAAGUAGUUGCACUUGUUCAUGCUGGUAGAGGUGAAUUCCUGGAUAAAGUUCCAGAAGUUGCUGAUGUGCCCAGAUUUCCUGAAAUGGAAAUAGAACGAGUUCCUGAAAUCGAAACUCCUGGGCAGCAGCCCAUUCCUAUGGAAAUUGUGGAACCAGAAGCUCCUGCAAUAGCGGCUAUAGAAAAACAUCUACCAACAGCAGAGAUUACUCCUGCUAUUUCAACAACUGAAGAGGGGCCUAUCAUUUCUGACAUUCCUAAAAAAGUUGAUGUACCAAAAGAAAGACCAGUGCUUCAGGAAAUCCAAUCUCUUGCUGAACCUGUUGAAGAAUUGAGAGAACAAAUUGCAAAAUUAAGAGAGCCUAGAAAGAAAGCAGAGGAUGCAAGAAAAAAGGCUGGACGAGCUGUAGACAAGUUGUUCCUUAAAAAUAAAAGAAAGGGUUUUGUUCGUAUCAACAGAUGCAAUGAGAAUGAAGGCCGCUUUGUUGAUCAGUCCUAUAGAUUACCGACUGAAUUCAGAAAUGUUCACAAUGAAAUUUUGUACAACAUAUUCUGGUUCGAGGAAGAAGUCGACGGUGUUAGGGACGAAGUUAGAGCUGGUUCAUCUGUCAGGAGUAGUUCACUUAGAACCUCACUAGCCUUAGCUAGAACACCUAGUCGUCUUACAAGAUCUACCCUGGAAAAAGACUUAACUGACUCAUUGAGACGUCCUUUGUCUGAAACUGAAACACCACAAAAAGAAAUGCCAUCAUUGGGAAUGGGUGAAGUACUAAUAGGUUCGGAAGAAAGACCAAGACAACUGCCAAUUGAAGAACCACCUGUUCCAGUUCGUCCCCCAAGCAGGGAGAAAACGAGUAUACUAGAACAAGAGCCAUUAACGGUCACCAUUGGUGAAGAACCACCAGUGGUACAACCAUCUGUCCCAGAAUUUUCAAUGGAAGGCGUGGCACCUACCGAGGAAGUUUCUGUACCAUUGGAAAUUGUACCAACAGUGAGGGAAGAGUUAGUCCCCUCUGUACAGGAGCUACCCCCACCAACUGAGAAACUUUUAACUCCCACAGCAGAAAAAAAAGAAACCACGAGAAUUCCCAAGUCACCAGCAUCAGACUAUAGACUGAGGCAGCAAAAAAUUGUUGGGUGCAUCAAAACAUGGAAUUUUACUGAAAGAUUUCCUACAAUCGAAGAUAUAUGUGAAAAACCUAUGACAAAAAUAAACAUGGCUAGAGCUUUCAGUGAUUUACUGGUUUUGUCCGCAAAAAAGUACCUAAUUUUAUGUUCUGAGGGUGUAUCAACAGAACUAAAAUAUAUUAAGAAGGGUCCAAGGCUGGAGUAAGAUUUGGGUUUGAAUUUGAAACUUCUUUGAAGUACUGUUUUUUUACUGUAUAUUUCAUAGUUUUAUUUCUGAGAUUCAAAAAUCUCUUAGUUUGUAGGAUCAAAUUUUAUAGCUGAACGUUUAGUGUUGUAUUUAAGUUUUAAAAAGUAAUGAAGUGUUUUGAGCAGAAA